AAAAGAAAAGCAGAAACAGAAAUUCCAAUCAUGGAUGAGAAUGAUUUAUUGAAAAUCACGCCUUUAGGAGCUGGUAAUGAAGUAGGACGUUCUUCCAUUUUGAUGGAAUACAAGGGAAAAACGAUUUUGCUUGAUGCUGGUAUUCACCCUGCUUAUAACGGACUGGCUUCUCUUCCCUUUUUUGAUGAAAUGGAUCCUGCUAGUAUUGAUGUCUUGUUGGUCACUCACUUUCACGUAGAUCAUGCAGCCUCAGUACCCUAUUUAAUGGAAAAGACAUCGUUCAAGGGUCGUGUAUUUAUGACACAUCCAACUAAAGCAAUUUACAAGUGGCUAUUAAGCGAUUACUUGCGAGUAAGCCAUAUUGGUGACGAAGAUCAGCUGUACACAGAAGAGGACUUGAUUAAUUCAUUUCAUCGAAUUGAAGCGAUUGAUUAUCAUCAACAGGUGGAGGUAGAAGGUAUCAAGUUUACUGCAUACAACGCUGGGCACGUUCUUGGCGCAGCUAUGUUCUUGAUUGAGAUAGCUGGUGUAAAGGUACUCUACACGGGUGAUUACUCUCGAGAGGAGGACCGUCACUUGAUGGCAGCCGAGAAACCUGAAGGAUCGGUGGAUGUGUUGAUCACAGAAAGUACUUACGGUGUUCAAAGCCAUGAACCACGUUUAGCCAAAGAGACGCGAUUUACAUCACUUGUUCACGAUAUCGUCACACGUGGUGGGCGAUGUCUUAUGCCAGUGUUUGCUCUUGGUCGUGCACAGGAGCUUUUGCUCAUCUUGGACGAAUAUUGGGAGGCACACCCCGAGUUGGAUAAUAUUCCAAUUUAUUAUGCAUCUAGUUUAGCUAAGCGAUGUAUGGCUGUCUACCAAACAUAUAUCAACAUGAUGAACGCCCGUAUUCGCAAACAGUUUGCCAUAUCUAAUCCAUUUAUAUUUAAGCAUAUCAGUAAUUUAAAGAAUGUAGAACAGUUUGAAGAUUCUGGUCCAUGUGUCAUGAUGGCAAGCCCUGGUAUGCUUCAAAAUGGCUUAUCAAGAGAACUAUUUGAACGUUGGGCACCUGAUAAAAAGAACGGCUUGGUCAUUACGGGUUAUUGUGUUGAAAAUACACCAGCAAGACAAGCAAUGAAUGAACCUUCUGAUUUUCAAGCAAUGGACGGUCGAAAGAUUCCAUUAAGGAUGUCUGUAGAUUACAUAUCAUUUUCUGCUCACGUAGACUUUACACAGAACAGCAAGUUUAUCGAUGAAAUCAAAGCGCCUCAUGUGAUAUUAGUGCAUGGUGAAGCCAAUGCCAUGUAUCGUCUAAAGUCAGCGUUGCAGAGUAAAUAUUCUGAAAAAGAAGAGAACGUGACGAUCUAUACACCUAAAAACUGUGACACUGUCAAACUGCACUUCCGUGGAGAAAAGAUGGCCAAGACUAUUGGAAGAUUAGCUGCAAAAUACCCUACAGAAAAUCAGCCCUUGAAUGGUGUAUUGCUCGUCAAGGACUUUCAAUUGAACAUAAUGAGUCCAGAGGAUUUGAACGAACUCGGUGGACUGAUAACCACGGUCAUCACACAGAGACAAGUAGUGCCUUUUAAUGCUGGCGUUGGGUUAUUAAAGUGGCAUCUUGAAAUGGUAUUUGGUGAAAUGAAAGAAACGGAGCUUUCUGAAGAAAAAGAUGGUCAAGAAGGCACAGUGCUCAGAGUGUUUGAUACAGUAGACAUCAAGAAACUGACAUCCAGUCCUAAUCAUGUUACACUUGAGUGGGUAGGAAAUGCCAUGAAUGAUAUGGUGGCAGAUUCAGUGCUAGCCAUUAUUUUAUCAAUCGAUAGUUCUCCUGCAAGUGUGAAAGUGAGUUCACAACAUUGUUCACACGAUCAUGGCGUCAAGAUAGAAGAAAUUGAACAAGAUGAAAAAGAUGAAAAGCAAGAUAUAGAUGCAAAGGAGAUCAAGGAUGAAAAGAUGGUGUCAUAAACUUCUUUGAAUACAAGUAACAUACAAAUCAAUGAGCCAUAUCCCAGGCUCACAAUAAAAGUCAUUGUAAUCUCAGUGGCCCCCUGUGGCGCAGUUUCAUUAUCCCGC